AUGAGUUUCAUCCAACGCAUUACGAAACGGCUGCCCAGCGCGCCGAGUCUGCCGUUGGAAGAUGCCCCAACCGAGAAAGGCCGCCUCCAUCCUAGAUUCGCCUUUUUCCGACGGAGGAUUCGCCUCAAGGGGAAUUCAUCUAUUUCUAUACCCCUGGGUCUUGUUUUACUAUUUCCAUGUCUUGUAAUUGUUCUUAUUCUGCUCCUCUUUGUCCGACACCCUGCCUCUCCCGGGGGGAUCCUAAUUCCAGCGGGCACUCCGCCUUCUAUUCGAAAAAUCAGCGAAAAGCACGAUAAAGUCUUUGCUACGGGCUGUAUGCCCAUCGAACCCGAGCAAAUCGCAAAGGCUCCUCGCGCCAAUGCCGCCUUCGUCGUCCUUGCUCGAAAUAAGGAGUUGGAAGGCGUGAUCCAGUCACUCAAGUCGAUUGAGAGACACUUCAACCGGUGGUGGCACUACCCCUAUGUUUUCCUCAACGAUGGUGACUUUGACGAGGAAUUCAAGGCAACGGUCAAGAACUACACCAGCGCGGACGUUGAAUUCGGCAAAAUUGACAACACCAUGUGGGGCUUCCCUGAUUGGGUGGACCAUGAUGUUGCCAAGGAGGGCAUCAGGAAGCAGGGUGAUGCCGCCAUCAUGUACGGUGGAAUGGAAAGCUAUCACCACAUGUGUCGAUUCUACUCGGGACACUUCUACAAGCACCCUCUCCUCAUGAAGUACGAGUGGUACUGGCGUUUGGAGCCCGAGAUCAAGUACUUCUGCGACAUCACUUAUGACCCAUUCCUCAAGAUGGCCGAGGCAAACAAGACCUACGGCUUCACAAUUGCAGUGAAAGAGCUUCGCGAGACUGUCCCCAACAUCUUCCGGUACGCGGCCGCUUACAAGCGCAAGAAUAACCUCAAGUCCAAGGGUCUGUGGGAGAUGUUCCUAGAACAGCCAGCGCAACCAGAAACUCCUCCCGAGGAAAAGAAGGAUAAAUUGCCGGAUGAAAUCCUGCAGACCGACCCCGGUGACAACAAUCUGAAGGACGUGGACCCAGAGGCCAUGGAAGGCGAGAGCUACAACAUGUGUCAUUUCUGGAGUAAUUUCGAGAUUGCCCGUCUGGAUUGGUUCCGCAGCAAGGAGUAUGAGGACUUCUUCACUAUGAUGGACAGAAGUGGAGGAUUUUGGAAUGAACGAUGGGGUGAUGCUCCUAUUCACUCUCUCGCCGCCGGUGCACUCCUCGCGCCUAGUGAUAUUCAUUAUUUCCGUGACUUCGGCUACCGGCACACUACCAUCCAGCAUUGCCCAGCCAACGCUCCGGCCCGCCAACUCACUCGUAUCCCUUACCUUGAGAAGACCACCGAUGACGAGAAGAAACGGAUUGAGGAAGACGAGUACUGGGCGAACCCUGAUCCAGUCAAGGAAAACGGUGUCGGUUGCCGAUGCCGCUGCGACACUGACAUUGUCGAUGUCGAGGGCAAGCAAGGCAGCUGUCUCCCCGAAUGGGUGGAAGUGGCUGGUGGCUGGGCCUCGCCAUAG